CGCCUCUGUGGCUCUGCGGGCAGGUCCUGGCAGUCGCUCGCUGGUCACCUCGCCGACGCGAUGGCGGUCCCGGGCUCACUGGCCGAGUGUGGCUACAUCCGGACCGUGCUGGGCCAGCAGAUCCUAGGACACCUGGAUAGCUCCAGCCUGGCCCUGCCCUCCGAGGCCAGGCUGAGGCUGGCGGGCAGCAGCGGCCGCGGCGACAAGGCGGCCCGGAGCCAGCGGAUCCAGGAGCAGGUGCAGCAGACCCUGGCCCGCCGGGGUAGGAGCUCCGUGGCCAGCGGGAAUCUUCACCGAACCAGCAGUGUUCCUGAGUGUGUCUACAAACUGCACUUGGUUGAGAAUGACUUUGUUGGAGGGCGGUCACCUGUUACUAGAGACUAUGACAUGCCAAAGGCUGGCAUGACUGCCACUUACGGAAGUCGCUGGGGGAGAGGGACAGCGCAGUACAGUUCCCAGAAGUCAGUGGAGGAGAGAUCCUGGAGGCAGCCUCUCAGGAGACUUGAGAUUUCUCCAGAUAGCAGCCCAGAUAGGGCUCGCUAUAUGCACAGUGAAUACCAGUUUGCCUGGCGGAGCCAUGGGAUGCCUGGUGGGCGCCUCACCCUGCCACGCUAUGCACGCUCAGAGAUCCUGGGCCUUCGCCAGACGGGCACAGUUCGCAGGCCACCCGCAUGUGGGUCAUUCAGCGAUACUGUCUUUGACAAUGGUCCGAUCAACCCCACGAUGCCCUCCCACCCUCCGGGCACCAGCCACAGUGCGGGCAGCCUGCUGGAGGAGUCUGUGCGCAUGAGCCAGUCUCGGUCUCUGGGUCUGCAAAGCAGAGCCGCCCGCUCCUCCUGGCCCCGAGGCUCAGUCCGCAGCACCCUACGGGACCCGGGGAAAAGUCUGCCUACUGCGGGCCAGGCAGCCGUGGGCAGCGGGGAUGCGCACGGGGACAGGAGCGCCUUCGCUGAUGCCCAGCUCGGGAAUGCAGACAUGGAGAUGACCUUGGAGAGAGCUGUGAAUAUGCUUGAUGCAGACCAUGUAGCACUGCCCAGGAUUUCUGCCGCAGCUACUUUUAUACAGCAUGAGAGCUUCCAAAAAUCUGAAGCACGGAAAAGGGUUAAUCAGCUUCGAGGCAUCCCUAAACUCCUGCAGCUGCUCAAAGUUCAGAAUGAAGAUGUUCAGCGCGCUGUGUGUGGGGCCUUGAGAAACUUGGUAUUUGAAGACAAUGACAACAAGUUGGAGGUAGCUGAACUGAAUGGAGUGCCUCGCCUACUCCAGGUGCUGAAGCAAACCAGAGACCUGGAGACAAAAAAGCAAAUAACAGGUUUGCUCUGGAACUUGUCCUCUAGCGACAAACUCAAGCAUCUCAUGAUAACAGAAGCCUUGCUCACCCUGACAGAGAGUGUCGUCAUUCCCUUCUCGGGGUGGCCUGAAGGAGACUACCCCAAAGCAAAUGGCUUGCUGGAUUUUGAUAUAUUCUACAAUGUCACUGGAUGCCUAAGAAACAUGAGCUCAGCUGGCCCUGACGGGAGGAAGACAAUGAGAAAAUGUGAUGGGCUCAUUGACUCGUUGGUCCAUUAUGUCAGAGGAACUAUCGCAGACUACCAGCCAGAUGAUAAGGCCACAGAGAACUGUGUGUGCAUUCUUCAUAACCUUUCCUACCAGCUGGAGGCAGAGCUCCCAGAGAAGUAUUCCCAGGGUAUCUACAUGCAAAACCGGAAUAUCCAGACUAACAGUAACAAAAGUAUUGGGUGUUUUGGCAAUCGGAGUAGAAAAGUAAAAGAGCAAUACCAAGAGAUGCCAAUGCCGGAGGAGAAGAGCAGCCCCCGGGGCAUAGAGUGGCUGUGGCAUUCCAUCGUGAUAAGGAUGUAUUUGUCCUUAAUUGCCAAGAGUGCCCGAAACUAUACUCAAGAGGCAUCCUUAGGAGCUCUCCAGAAUCUCACAGCAGGAGGUGGCCCGAUGCCCACAUCAGUAGCUCGAAUGGUUGUCCAGAAGGAAAAUGGUCUUCAGCACACCCGAAAGAUGUUGCACGUGGGAGAUCCCAGUGUAAAAAAGACUGCCGUCUCCCUGCUGAGGAAUUUGUCACGGAAUCUUUCUCUGCAGAAUGAAAUUGCCAAAGAAACUCUACCGGAUUUGGUUUCCAUAAUUCCUGACACAGUCCCAAGUACUGACCUUCUCAUUGAAACUACAGCUUCUGCUUGCUAUACAUUGAACAAUUUAAUGCAGAAUAGUUACCAGAAUGCACGGGACCUUCUGAACACUGGAGGCCUGCAGAAAAUUAUGACCAUCAGCAUAGGGGAAGGCUAUGCCCCCAACAAGGCCAGCAAAGCCGCUUCUGUCCUCCUGUACUCGAUGUGGGCACACACAGAGCUCCAUAACGCCUACAAGAAGGCUCAGUUUAAGAAGACAGACUUUGUCAACAGCCGCACCGCCAAAGCCUACCACUCCCUUAAAGACUGAUGAAGUGAAUCUCAGAAACUUCAGCUUCCCAGUCUCCACUACAGCAAACUCCCCAGAGAAACACCUAUUUUUCUACUAACCGACCCAAGAAACCUCAAAAAGCAUGCUUUGUUUAUGUUCUUUUCUAUUUCCGUCCCCCAAAUUAGAAAAUGAAUGAUGAGGAUAUAAUUUUGUUAGGCAUCCUGAAGACUUUUGCAGGGUUGCCACAGUAGUGGCUAUGGAAUGAAUCUGUUUUAUCCUGUAGAGAUAAUGGGUAGCAUUAUCCAUGCUUACAGUGUAUGUGAAUUCAUGUGAGUGAGCAUCCAAGAAUACCUGAAGAAACUGUAUGACUGACUUUGAACGUGUGAUUGACAUUUCUAUCUCCCUUGUCUGGUUUUUAUUCUUGUCACUCAUCUGCAUGUUACUUCAUUAUUGGACCCCAGCGUAUGUUCACCAACACUGAACAGAACAGAGAUGACAAGAAUAAAGCUUUGAUGGCAUAUA